GAAAAUGAAAGAUUAUCUCGAGAAUAAAAAAUUAGAACAAUUAAUAAAAUUAGAAAAAAUGUGUUUUUACAUGUUUCCAAUCUACACAUUAGAAAGUGCAUUAUAUUUUAUUAUAUUAUAAAAAGUUAUGAAGGAAAAAAAAAUGCAGAAGAUAUAUAACAUAAGGACCAGAAGGCCACGAACAUAAGAGCACAAAAGCCUUAUCAGUGGCAUCAUCUGGAGGUGGACUCGCUCAAUUAAACUGACGAUCGAAGGCUAGGAAUGAAAAUUCCCAGAGCCAGGGCUGAUAUAAACCCCCUUUAUCUCUCUCAAGACGAUUGCCACACUCUGUAGCCAUGGCUGCUCUCAAGCUUUCAUUCUGUUUAUGCUCUUGCUCAUGCGUUUGUGCUCCAUCCCUUUCAAUCAACACUUCUUUUCGCACUCCAAAAAUGGCUCUAAGCAGCAAAACCAGUGACGCCAUCAAUUUAAUUUCAUCCAACUAUCAAAAUCUGCAUCUGGUCUGGACUUUGCAAUCCACCACAAGAGUCAGUUUGGACAUUACAUUAUCUUACCAUUAGGCUGAUAAUUAUUCAACAGUAAUAACAUAUUAACCAAGGAAAAGAAAAAAAGAAAUUAGCUGCGAGGGUCAUCAGGAAGGAUAUUUUGGGCAUAACAGAAAAACAAGGAGAUAAGAGUUCUUGUUCAUGCUUUUAUCUUGUGAAAGGUCAUUAUUUGUUUGCAGCUUAUCCUUUAAGGAGAAACCAGGAGACAUUAGAUGCAGACUUUGCAGUUCGGUUUCGGUUCACUUCUCCAUCAGAAACCCUCUUCUCGGCCGAAGAGAAUUGCAAGUGGGCCCAUUUGCAGCUUAAAAAAGUCGAACAGCACUUGGCCAGCUGUAUCUCUCUCGCUUUUUGCAUCUGGGUUUUUUCUCGGCCCACUCAUAGAUGGACUUCACUCGAGGGUGAAUCUCGUGGUGUACCAAAAUGGGGCGGUCAAUAUCGGCCCACUUCACACCAAUAUAUGGGUGCCUCCUUUACUUGGGCUGUUUUACUGCACUGUGGGGUUAAUACAGCUUGUGUUUGAUGAAAAGCUAUCGGCCGGGCCGCCUCCGGAAAGUUCCGUGGAGAAAGCAGCUGCUUCAUUACUGGCUCUGGUUCUGUUCAUCGAGUUAAGCGCUGAGCUGUACAAUGCUCGAGUGCCGGAAAAUGUGGAAGCCUAUGUGUUAUUCACAGGGGCAGAAAUAGCAUGGCUAUUGCUAGAUAGGACCAGGCUCGGUUUUGCGCUUGCUUGUCUUGUAGGACUCGGUUGCCCAGUAGCAGAAAUUCCGAUAAUCAAAUUGUUCCAUCUGUGGUACUAUCCUCGAGCAAACGUUGAAAUUUUUGGACAGGGGUUAGUGACAUGGACCAUCACUUGCUAUUUUGUGUACACACCAUUCUUGAUAAAUCUGUCCCGCUGGCUGAAAUCCGCUGCUGCAGAUGAUAAGAGUCACUAUAAGUCAUAAGAUAGGUUAAUAGAUCUGGUGUAGAUUUUCCUAUGUGAAAGUGUUAAGAUUAUAUGAAUGAGAUAGAGCUUGUUGAGGAAGAAAGAAGAAUACCUAGAUCAUGUGUACAUGUGUGCGUGUGUGAUUCCACAAUAAAAAAACCAAGUACGGAUAUUUCAAAUUCGCUAUUUAUUUUUUCGAAACGGCAAACACUUUUAUAAUUAGAAAACUC